AUGGAACACGCACGGCCACCAAGCGCGUUAAGUAUGGCGGAAGGCGGUCCCGUGAGUCGGGCCCACGCCUGGAAGCGCUGGAAGCAGCAGUUUAUGAUAUUUUUAAAGGCUUCGGGUGUACAAACGGAACCGGCGAGUGUUCAAUCUAGUUUAUUGAUUAACUUAAUUGGCCCAGAUGGCUUCGACGUAUAUGAAACGUUCACAUUCGAGAAGGAAGAAGACAAAGACGAUAUACGCGUACUAUUAAAAAAAUUUGAUGCAUAUUUUGAUACGAAAGGAAACAUCACGCUUACGCGUUACAAAUUCUUUACUCGCGUACAAGAGGACGGCGAGUCGAUACAACACGCGGCGCAGACUCGCGCGAGCGGCGCGGGCGCCUCUGUGCGUGCUGUGGUGAACCGCUGCGACGCGUGCGGUUCGAUGCGUUGUGCGGAGGGGCGCUGUUCGGCGGCCCGUGCUGAGUGUUUUGUGUGCGGUAAUAAAGGACAUUUUGCUCGAAUGUGUAAGUUGAAGCAAUCUAAUUAUUAUUCAAAGAACAGGCGCGUGUAUGAGCUCGAGUGUCACAAUAAUCAUAGCGACGAUAGCGCAGACGGUACCUUGCUUUAUGUUUCCGCUAUUGAGAAAGAUACUGAUCACUGUGAUGAAUGGUUUGAGCUCUCCGGCAUAAUUGUUGAUGGGUCGUAG